AUGGCUAUGCUGUUUUUUUUCUUGUACGCUCUGUUUGCGACGGUGGUGGUGGCCGAGGAGUCACCUGGUGUUAUGGACACCAGCUCUAUUGUGUGUACCUGCCGCUGUUGCUACCAGGGCGGCUGCAGACCCAUGCCAAACGUCUCCUGGGUUGUGUCCUCCUGUGAACAAUGCAGUACCGCGGUUUGCAACGCCCACAUUCGAAGCGAGGAGGUGCGCAGGGAGACAGCCCGUCUCUUUGAGGGUAUCGAGAGUGACGAAGCUUUUCCAAGCGUUGCAGGGCACCUGGAUGAGUGUAAGGUGAUCUCCGUCUUGGAGGCGGCAACAUGUUCCAGCCGGAACUGCAAACGCACAACGACGAUUAAAGCUGAGUGCUACAACAGGGACGCACCACUCAUCAAGUGCUCCAUCAUUUCCUUCGUGGGCGUAACGGCUGUGGCUAUUGUGUUUGGACUCGUCAAGAACCACAUUCCCGCUCUGCAGGGCCUCAACGAAAAACACUUCAACUACUGA